UACUGACGCAAGAUGGUUUAGAGACUGUGUAUCAAAACAUAUUACAGUUUUCGAGUGGUACACGUAUUAUCUGUUGUGUUAUUGUGCGAGUACUGCAGCAGGUGCAGCAAAUUAGGUUUCAAAAUGAAAGUACCUCAAUACACUGAUAUGUGACAAAAACCUAACAUAAGAUAUUUUAACAAUGAACUAUGAUACUGUGUUCAAAUGAAAUUUACACAUGGCCCUAGCUGGACUAGGUUGUUGUUCAUUAAGUUCUUCUUCCAAGCAGCUCCUGCAUCAAAUAGGUGUCUAAAUAUCAGAUCACCACUCUGAAGAAAAAGGAAAAAGGUCGAGUGAGACUCACCGUGCUGAAUUGAGUGGAUGUGCUGGGUAUGGACUGCAUGAUGUAUGGAUGAUCUGCAGUGGAAACACAGACCUUUCCUUUUGAGUUUAAUAUGUUCUGCUGGAGUAUGUCAAGCCUGCCCAAUCUGUAUGGGCUCUGACUUCAACUUUGAGCUUUCCAGCCACUUAUCUUCUUUGGUUGUGGAGCAGAACAUCCAAGCAAAUUGAAAAAUUAACAAGCGUGCUGAAAGAGGGUUGAUUGUUAUAGCAUAGUGUGAAUUACUGUUUACCUUGUGCAGCUAGAGCUUGCAGUAAACCAGCUGUAUCCACAUAUGGUGAAGCCUCCUGUUAGAUGGGUGAUUUGAAUAACCGGCAAGCAGUCCAAAGUGCAAAUCCAGAAUCAUAGUCAAAUAACAUGCAAAGAUCAGGCAAUUGGCCAGCAGGGUUAAACAAAGCCAACAGGAUUGUCAACAAAGAAACUACAGUCAAAGCCAGAAACAAGAAUGAGAAAAAAGGGCUUAGUAAUAUCAUUAGAACAAUUCUUGGAGUGAGACUUUGCAAAGAGUCAAGUGGUGAACUUGAACAUGUGACUGAGUCACAUGACUUGGUUUGUAGUUUGAGAGGCUGAUGGAAAAUGGACUUGGAAUCAGGAGUGUUGUGAUGUCGUGGAGGAUUCUGGGGAAUCUGGAGUUCAAGGCAGCUGCUGAUGGUGAUGUGACAACUGAUAAGUGACCGAUCUGGAGCAGGAGAAGAGGUCCACUGCUCUGAAUGAGAGCUGUGAGAAGAUGAAAAAGGAGAUCGCCCAGAGGAAUCAAGAGAUCAGGACAUUAACAGAGGCCAUCAAGGCAUGCGAUACACAGCUGCAGAAGGAGCAACAGGAGCUGGAGGACAAAAAGGAAAUGAUCAAGAGCAAAGAAGCUGAACUGGCUCAGCUGCUCUCCAUUCCUGGUCAACUGGGGAAAGAAAUUGAGAGGAUCAAUUGCAAAAUAAAGAAUGUACAGAAGCAGAAGGCUGCACUUGAGAUGCAGCUGCUGGAGCUGGCGGAGAGGGUAAAGCAGACACAGAUGGGCUGCAGGCAGCUGGAUGAAGAGUGCAGGAGCGUGAUGAAGGAGCUCAAGGGUUACAGGGCCCAGCUGGAGGUUGCUCAGAGAGAGAGAAGCAUGCUACUCAAAGAGCAGGAGAUAAUCAAGGAGGAGGAGGCUGCCCUCCUCGAACAAAGGGGCCUGCUGGAAAUCAACCUAAGCCACAUCAUGGAGGAGAAAAAGAUCCUUCAUGACAGCCUUGUUAAGAAGGUGCGAGAAAAGGACCGGCUGCAGCGUAGGUUAAAAAACAUGCUACUACAGCACCAAUUGUCUCAAGAUGCCUUGCUCCACACUCAGGAGCUCUACAACAAAAUGAAGGCUCAGAGCGAUAUGAUGCCUAAGGAUGAUGACUUGCUACAGAAAAUCCAAGAUCUGCAAACAGAAGUAGACAACCUGAAACUGAAAGUGGUGCAUCAGCAGUCGGUUACGGGUGUUGAGGCCCAGAUGGUUGAGCAGUGUAUAGAGCAAAAGCAGGCUCUGAUAAGGGAGUGCAAUCGCCACAAUGAGGAGCUGCACCAUCUUCAUGCCCUGACCCGCAUUAAAGCAGACGAGAGAGAUCAGAAGAGCCGAGAGCUGCUCAAAGCUCAGUUGAGAUGCAGCCAGAUCAAACAGGACAUCCGAGGAAAGCAGCUCCAGAUUCUGGAGCACAAGAAACAAUACCAGGAGAUUCAGUCAAGACUCCGUGUUUUCGCCAAGCUGCACGAUACCACCAAGGGAGAGCGAAACAAAUGUGUAAACCUACUACAGAUCGCAACCCAGUGCAUGUCCAAGAUGAAGGAGAAGUUCGAAAUUCUGCAGAAUGAGACUGAGAUUCUGCACAGCAAAACAAUCCAAAAAGACAGGCUGCUGCAGAAGUCUCGUCUGAAGCAUGUACACAGUCACACAAUCAGGGACAGCUUGAGGAAUGACGUAUCCAAAGCGAGCUGGAUGCUUCACGAGAUGCAGUGCAAGAGUGAAGAACAGAGACUCAAGAUUAUUAAACUCGGACAAGUGAUCAGUGCGAAGGAACAAGACCUGCUGCACAUGCGCAAGAGCCACGAAGCUUCUGUCCAGAGCCGCAAUGAACGGGGUGUGCAACUCCUGGAGAGAGAGGAAGAGAUGUGUGUCUUCUACGCAAAGGUAAAUGUGCAGGAGAGUCUGAUCUGUGAGGGGACGCUUCAGAUACAGGUUCUGGAAGACGAGAUCUGCUCUCUUAAGAUGCUAAUUAAUGAGGAGAGGAGACAAAUCCACUUGAGUGAAAAACAGUUGCCUUGCAAGAGAUCCCUGGAGGAUGAGCAUGCCUUACUGCAGAAACAGCUGUCUGAGUGUAAGGAACACGGUCAAUCCCUGGAGAAGACUCUCGGGGACCAAGUUAAAGAGAAGCAAUUUCGUGAACUGAGUGGUAAAGAUCCAUCUCCUCCUGAGCUCAUCAAGAAGAUAGAACAGCUGGAGAUGCAGCUGGCAGCGAGAGAGGCUCAGCUGCUGGAGAAAGAGCUGAUCUAUGAGCAAGUGACCCGAUUGUCUGAGCACAUUCGUACAAAGGCAGAGAACGGUAAAGAGGACACACUCAGGCUGGCCAAGAAAGUCAAUGAGUUCCAGAGCCGCAUUAAGGAGUGCACUAAGAAGCUGAUGGCUGUAGUGUCGGAGUUGGCCAUGCGUCAGACGCAGACUCUGUGUCUGCAGCAGGAGCUUCGUGAGAAAGAGUUUGAGCUUGACAUGUGCCACAGAAGACUGGAGAUGGGACUCGCACCUUCUGACGCCAUGGAGCAGGAGUGGCUACAUCAAAUGCGAGCACAGCAAAAAUGCCAGAUUACUGAGGAGGAAGAAUGGAGUCAGCUUCCAAACGGCGUCUACACCACGGCAGAUUUGCGACCCAAUUCCUACAUCCCGGCUGAAGACUCACUACCUCUGCCCAAACCCUAUGGAGCCCUGGCACCUUUCAAACCGAGCGAGCCUGGAACUAGCAUGCGCCACAUCCGCAAGCCUCAGCCCAAGCCCCUUGAGAUCUAGAGAAUCCACGUGACAUUCAUGUCCACAGCAUAUUCACACAUCAACGAAAGUAAAAGUUAUCCAAUAUGAAAUAAAAGAGAAUAAAAGAGAA